AUGCAGCUGUUGCUGCGCCGUUCAGCAGGAUCUCAAGGAAUGCUGCUGGGUCUGUCAUGGGGGGGCCCCUUGGGGGCCCCCCAUCUAAGAAGGGCCCAGCUGGGGACCCCUCAGCCCACAGCCAGCAGGGUACCCCUCCGGGGGCCCCCUUCUUUAACCCGCCCUCCUCUGGCUUUAUCUGCAGCAGCAGCUCUUCCCAGUUGCAUGCGCGACAACAACGAGUUUGAAGCUGCGCCUGUAGGGGGCCCCCAGCAACAGAAGGAAAAUAUAGGGGCCCCUCUUUCCCCUCUUAAGCUGAAUAGGGGCCCCCUGUGUCUUUCAUGUGAUAUUUUUUCCAGUGUAUCUUCCUUUAAGGGCCCAGAGGUGGUUCAGAGCCCCUCGCCUUUGGCUGCUGAGUUAAGGGGGCCGUUAGGGCCCCAUAGGGGGCCCCUUGUGUCGCUGCAUGCACAUAAGGGGUCCCCUGGGGUUUGCUAUCAGCGCCGCUUCUUUGGAGUUGGGGGAAGCUAUGGAUAUGGGGCUUUCUUCAGGGGAGAAGCCGACGUGUAUGCGAAAAGCAAUGUGCAGCUGCAGCGGCUAGAAGAAGAAGGGGCCCCCAAGGGGGGCCCCAUGACGAUGAAGAUGCCUGAGACCUUGGCUAAGCUUGUGGCGGAGGGAGCCCUACGCAGGCAACUGUCUCGUCCUGGGGUCUCCGUGUUUCAUCAUCAUGUGCCGUAUAAACCCAAUAAAUCUCUUGUGUUUCUCACCGCCACUACAAAAGAAGCAGGGGCCCCUGCUGCUGCUGCUGCUGUCUCGCUGGUGCAGCAGCGAGAAAGGGGUGUUGCUGCUCAGCUGAUUCUCGAUGGAAGGGGGGUGAAGGCCUACUUUGACCCAGAUUGGCCUAACCUCAUGGUCAGGCUGGGAGUGGGUGUGAAGCCUUUGGCUCUGCGGCGACUAGCAGAGCAGUAUGCAACAAAGGCCAAGAUCUUCGUUGAUAAGAGAGGUUUGCUGCUAACAAUUCAUGGGUGGGAUAAACGCGCAGUCGGCACUCUAACGAUGGAGCUGUACAGACACCUGAAAGCAAACCCUUAUACAGGCAAAGGCGCCCGCAUUGCUUUCUAUCCAAUCAACAAAAAAGUCCCAACUAAACGAUAA